CACUUAUUUCAGCGGUUCAAUUUUAUUUAUCCAAGUGACUUCUACCAUUUCGCUACUCUGUGAACAUGGCAAGGAAUCAUUACAAACUACUGUUUUCAAACUUUUUCACCGCAUACUUGGUGACCUUUGUUCCGUGUGUCCGCGCUGAUUCAGAUAACCUGGUCCAAACCGUGAACAAUUAUUUCAAGCGCCAUUCGAGGGAAGCCACUUGGACGGCAAAAGACUACAACGUUCAGUCACACGAGAACCGGCCGGUAUACAGUUACGGUCUUGUUUUCACCCCCGAGAACAAGCUGAAAAGUUUCCCACGCCGGUUGACCACUCAUGAUAGCAAAGCCCCGAUUCCGGAUUCAUUCGAUGCCAGAACACAGUGGCCCAACUGCGCCACCUUCCAGAACAUUCGUGCCCAAGGCGUCUGUCCGUCUUGUUGGGCCGUAUCAGCCGCAGCAGUACUUUCGGACCGAUUAUGCAUCGCUUUAGGCGAUUCCGACCCAUCAUACCGAAACAUAUCCAUAUCCGCCCAAGAUGCUUUGGUCUGUAGCGGGAAUGUUGGUUACAGAGUAUGUUCACAAGGAGGACAACUGGAGACACCGUACGAAAUGUUCGCCAGCCAGGGCUUGGUCACAGGCGGGGAGUACCGCAGUGGACUGGGCUGUAUGCCCUACCAGGCAUACACACAGCAGGAUACUCAGACGGUAACAACGUCCAGCUGCACCAAGUCCUGCUCCAACAGAGUCUACGCGAAGACGUAUCGGGAUGAUAAACGAUUAGGUUCAAAAUGGUACGGUAUGGGAAUUAAGUUUGAAAGGUACAACGGUGCAGCUGCCAUCGAUAAGGUCAUCGAAGAAGCACAGAGAGAACUGAUGACCAACGGCCCGGUGACCAUUGGUAUUGAUGCUUACGCUGACUUGGAAUCGUAUUCUUCUGGUGUUUAUCGGCAUGUAACCGGUGAUUACAAAGGCGGCCACGCGAUGAAGCUGAUCGGCUGGGGCACGGAACGCGGCACGGACUAUUGGCUGAUAGCCAAUUCCUGGGGUAAACAAUGGGGUAUGGACGGCGUAAUGAAGUUCCUGCGGGGAUCAAAUCACUGCGGCGUGGAGAAUUAUUUCAUCACAGCGCUGCCACAAAACAUUGCUCCGCCCCCAACACCUACCACUCCCGCUACUACCACGACACUCGGGAUAACCGACACCUCGUCUGCGGCAACGAACGAGAUGACCACCACCACCAAGCGACCAGUGCCCACGUCAACACCGAGGAUUCCACAGACCCCGCCCGCGCAGCCCCCGAAUUUUAAUCCUAACCGGCAUCCGCCCUGCUACCGACCGCUCGUUGCGCCGGUCUUUAAUACACGCGGGACACGGAUAGUAGCCUGCCGCCAUCCAUGGUGGCGACACUGUUUCAUGUUCAUUUUUGGCCCCUACGCCUGUAGUUUGUAACCAGUAUCUUCCUUGUUGUUUUUUUAGCAACCUAGCAUAUUUGUGCAAACCAUGGCUCACAGAGCGUGAGUGUUUUCCGAA